AUUUUGCUCCGAUCCAUCCCACCUUUGAGUUCCCGCUCUCCCACUCUCUGUCUCGUUGAUUCUGAAGGAGCCAAAGAUGCCGAGUUGUAUGAACAUCUGGUUCAUUCUAAUGGUUUCGAUCCCCAUGAUUAUAUCUUUGACAAACCCAAGAGGUGAGAGUGAAAGAUCCUCUGGUGCCCUGCAUUCCGUUUCUUCUUGGGUUUCUCCCAAUGAUGAGGCGAGCUUAGAGUACGACUUUUACCGCGAGACUUGCCCACAAGCAGAGGUUAUCGUGAGGUCCUCCAUGGCUCGCAUUUACUCUAAGCACAAGGAUGUCCCAGCGGCUCUACUGCGCCUCUUCUUCCAUGACUGCUUCAUUCUUGGAUGUGAUGCUUCGAUCCUCUUGGAUGACAGCAAUGGUGAUAAAAACCGUUCCAUUGAGAGGCAGGCCGUACCCAAUAAGUCCUUGAAAGGUUUUGAUAAAAUUGAUUUGAUCAAGGAGGAGCUGGAAGAAGCUUGUCCAGGGGUGGUUUCAUGUGCUGAUAUAGUUUCUGUUGCCACUAGAGAUGGCAUUGUUCUGGCUGGUGGCCCUUUCUAUCCUGUAUUAACAGGCCGCAGGGAUAGCACUAGUUCAUACUAUCAGGAAGCACUGGCUGGGAUUCCUAGACCUGAUAAUGAUAUAACACAGACACUUCACCUUUUUUCCCUAAGAGGUUUUGAUGAAAGAGAAACAGUCAGUCUUCUAGGAGGACAUAGCAUUGGGAAGAUUGGCUGUGAUAUCAUACAAAAACGAAUCUCUGACUUCAAUGGGACAGGGCAGCCCGACCCAAGUAUAUCUCCUGAUUUGCUCAAAGAGAUGAGACAGAAGUGCCAGGGUAGCAAUCAGACCACCAGUCACCCUCCUCCUUCACCCUUGACAUCAUUGGAAAUGAACGAGUCUGCAGUGGGGUUGUCCUACUUCCAGACAUUAUCAUCUUCGAUGUCAUCUGGAGUAGGUUUUGAUACUCACUACUACCGGAGCUUGUUGAGGGGGAGAGGACUCCUCUUUUCUGAUCAGCAAUUGAUGAAUGAAGAGAAGACAGCAAGACUGGUGAUGGCGUAUGCUUCAGAUGACGGAUCAACCUUUAGAAUGGACUUUGCCCGGUCAUUGAUGAAGAUGUCAAGCCUUAGUGUUCUGACUGGAACUCAAGGUCUGGUUCGUCGGAACUGCUCCUUGGCUUCCUAAGUGAUAGUCUAACCACAAACUCAUUAAAUUUCCUACAUUUUUUCAUCAGUCUGAAAGGGCUUGCUAUCUUCUCAUAAGUUCUAUAUUUGAUUGAAGAUGGAGUUUCUUCUGCAUUUCAUGCCUGUUAUAAUAACAGUCUUUUCACCACGAGAUAGUCGCUGUAAUCAAUAUUGUAGUUACAACUGCAUAUAGAUACGGUUUGGCUGUUAAGGUCUUUAACCAAGCAUGCACUUGCAAUAUGACAGAUCUUGGUAGAGAGAAAAUAUGGGUACAAACCAUCAGCUAUCAUGUAAUUGUGAGUUUGUGUUGUUCUGGUUUGUAAUGGAUCGGUCCAAUAAAGCAUUCUUGACAUGCUGA